UUUAUGUUCACGAUCAGCAGCAUAAAUUUUGUUGUAGCGUAAACAAAACCAACGCAGCGGUAACGAAUGGUGUUUUUAAAUUUUUUAUUGUUUUAAAAUGUAAAAAAAAACAUUUUAAAGUGCAUCCAUAUUCAAGUGGAAAUGGCCCCUCCGCAUAUCCACAUGUUGCUGAAUCAGCUGCCACAAUAUUUUGAUCCGGACUUGACGCUGGAUAAAAUAGAUGCUAUCUGCGCUGGUGAGGAGCAGGUUCCCAAUUCUUCCAGACGACGGAAGGCUGAUGAUUCUUCCGAUGCAGAUUCAGGUGGGGAGAGUGAUUCCAGCGAGAACAACCAAGGUCGUGAUGCUGCCCUGGACUUGCGGGAUUGUGAAAUGAUUCGGAGGGCGUUGAAGGAUUCCAAUACGCUGGUGGAACUGCUCAGUGAUAUUUGUGCGGAAGCCAGGAAGAUGCGCCACAAGGCAGGGGUGUUUGACCAGUACGACAAUUGGCAGUAUUUGUCGAAGAAAAUAGACGUGGAACAAUUUCUAGCACUCAUUUACGGCUUGGUUUGUUUGGCUGAGUAUGAUCCGACGGAAGCCAUCAACCGCCGAAUGGCCACGGUUGCUGUGAAGGCCUACCUGGUACUGUUGGGAACACCAGGUCAAAAGCAGACUUCCGUUUUCAACGAAUCCGUGCUUUUAAAGUGCAUGGAUAUAUUCAAGUUGGCAGAUCUAUUGUUGGAUCCGAUUUUUGAAGAUUACCUGGAGCAUGAACGGUCCGAUUUUAUCACCAGACUACUGAUGGAGUACGUCCAAAUCAUGGACGAGAUCCAGUUGCUUUUAAAGUGCAUGACCCUGAAAAGUUGCGAUAACAUCAAAACGCAAUUAAUUAACGGACUGAAAACAGCAUUGAACUACGCGAUCAUGCAUGCCAAGAAUCGAAGUGUGGCCGAAAAUGUCGCCGAUAAAGUUUUUGAAUCAUUGGAAUCGAUUUGCAUGCCGGAACACGACGAUCAUAAUGAUUGCGCCAAGACAAUUCAGUUGGUUCUGAAUCGGACUGCCAUGUUUUACAAACUGGAAUACAAAAAUUAUCCCGCAUGUUUUCAAAUGUACAAUUUCUUCCUCAAAAUGUUGGAUCAUUACCCAAAGGAUACUUCCGAAGUGCUGACAAUUUUUAUUAAAUCUGUGCUUACCAACCCGCCGAAGGUCUUUUCUCGACCCGAGGACUAUGCUUAUCUAAUCGAUAUAGCCCUCAAAUACGAUACGGCAAUGUACAGCAAGUGCAACAUCUCUAUUAUUCCCUAUCUGAAGGAGAUUGAAGGUCACACCGAGGCCUCUGCUCGUGUGAACAUUGUAGAAUUUCUCAGCAAGCUGGCCGUCACCGAUUGUACCGUAGAUUGGGAACUGUUCAAAUCGGAAAUAUCGGAUGUACCACGAGAAGUACAAAUGGUCGAAAUACUCUACAACAAGUUGAUUGAUAAAACGUGUUCCGUGAAGCUGAAAGCCUUUCAUUGUUUGCUGAAAAUUCUCCAAAAUGGGAACAAAGUGAUGAAAACAAUAAUGAAAGACACGUUCUACUGCGCUACUGCCGAAGAAGAUGAGAAAAAUUACCUACAGAUGAAUGAUGUCGAGGAACUUUAUCAAACUGCAGAGCUCGAGCUUGGCAUCUCCCGAAAUGCACUUCAUUUCAGUUUAAGUUCAGCGUCAACAUCCCCUUGCAAACCAUCAGCGCAAACAGAACAUGAACCAAACCCAACAAGAAUCAUCUCCAGUAUCAAGGGAGUCGAAUCCAUCGAACACAUGCUUCUCUCCUUGAUUGACGUAAUUUACGAAGCUACUUUAUCGCAAACCUCAUCGAUUCGUCGGGUUGCGUUAUCCUGCUUAGAGUGCAUUGUCGAGCUGAACCGGAAUCGAAUUGACGAUCCGGUGUUCGAGUAUGUUGUCGUCAAACUAGCCAAGGAUCCCGUUAUGCUGAUGCGCCGAACAACACUGAACGCGUUAAACCAAUUGUUGGCACGGUACCCGAGCCAUCUGCCACUCAUCCGGAUAUGGUCGAAAUGCUUGCUUCUUUUCCUGGACGAUAGCGAUCAAAAGCUGAAGGAAUCGGCGCUGGAAAGCUUGAAGUGCAACGUGUUCGACAACAUCUGCCGGUUUGAGGAUUCAUCGUCCAGCCGGAUCUUCACGCCAUGGAUGAUCGUGCGUUCGAUUUUGGUGCUAGGAAAGAUCAGUGUGUUGAAAGCGGCGGUGGAUUCGUGGAUUCAAAAAUCCAUUCUAACGCAGAAAAAUCUGAUGAUUAUAGAAUCACACAUUUUUACCGUCAACUGUAGCGAAGCAUGGAUCAUUCUGUCAAUUAUAGCUAGCAAGAUGAAAUCGAAGAAUCCGGACGUUGUAAUCAAAACGAUGAAUGAAAUCCUACAAGCUGAUAUGUACAACUCACCGAUCUGCCUGCAGUACAUUCUGUGUGUUGUCAAAGCGUGGUUAGAGGAUUUUACACACGGCGGCCUAAACCACCUGUUCAAGAUCCUUAGUGAUCUGCUGAGAACGGGUAGCACAACAAUUUCGCUGGUCAGCGAUGUGUACAGUUUGUGUUGUGCGAUCAAGGAAAAGUCCGACGGAACCGUUGACGAGCAGUGGAUCCGUAGCAUGCGGGACAAUACAGCCGAGUAUCUGCUGCACUACCAUUCGCACUACACCAGUUUUCACAUGUCGAACGAGCGGUAUCUGAUCAGUCUACUUGUGUACUCCGAGGUCAGUACGGAUUUGAACGAUAAACCGAAUGAGCGCAUUAUGACCAUCUUGCUGCAGUACUUGAAACGGGUUGCAGCAGAUGAGAAGCUUAUUAGUUUGCAGACUGACCAGAAUAGAAAGGUCUGCGUUACAAUUGUCGUUUUGUCCAGAUUCGGUUUGAGAGAUGGAUCACUUGCAUCUACGAUAAUUUCCGACUUCAACAAAAUUCUCAAAUUCAAAAAUAUUCAUGAAAGUAUAAUCUGCACUUUGAUAACUGCAUUCUCGGAUCUUUGUAAAAGGCAUACUUCUCUAGUGGAUUCCUCGAUCAAAACCGUCAUACUGCAGUUGAGCUCCAACUACAUGACCGUUCGCAGUGUAGCAUUGAACAACCUGAACGAAUUGAUCCUCCAAGACUACGUCAAAAUGCGCGGCCGAGUGCUUCUCAACAUUCUCAAGUUGAUCGUCGACGAAAAUCCUCAGAUUGCGGCCCAAGCCCUCUACGUCAUUCAGCUUUAUGUUCACUCGAAAAAUGAGAAACUGUUGAAGAUCUCCCUGCUGGAGUGUGUCUAUGUGUUCAACAACUAUCUGCAGUACGCGGAAAGUGACAUGUUCCCGGCAUCGGAAAUCGAUAGCGAACCGUGCGAUCUGGCCGGAAACGAACCAGAAAACUUUGCGAAGCGUAACAUGAUCUACGAUUUCUUCAUCGAUAACAUCGAUGAUUUGAGUUUGCUAAAGCUGUUGAAGAACGUCAACAAGAUUAGCGCUCAGCUCAAUCAGCAGAAGUACGUGGAAUGUCUUGCUGGUGCCGGUACGCUGAUAGAUUUGCUGUACAUCUUUACGAAAAUGGUUCUGGUGAAGGAUCGCGACAAGGCACGAUUAGCUAAGGCAGCUGCUUCCACGGCUAAUGAAGAAGAGGCGCCGCCUCUACCGAUUGAAGAAGGGCCAUCGCCGGUGAAGAAAUCCCGUGUGAAGAUAGCGUUGCAGCAGAGUGAGCAAGAAAUGGUGACAAUCGUGGAAAAGAUGAUUGCAGUGUAUCACGGAUUUGAAGAACAGGUUCGCCGCUAUAUUACAAGAGUGGACGUUGCUUUGGAGAAGCUCGCAGACGAGCGACUACUGGAACUAGCUAUGGCGAUGGCGAGACGGUUCCGCAACCUGGUUGAGUUUGCCAAACCAAUGGAAUUUUGGCGUGGUAUGAUGAAGACGGUGGAUUCACUGGAUCAGCGAGAAGGUUUUUCGCCACGUAAAGGUAAGCGGAAAACGAAGGGUCGUAGGAAGGAUGAUUCCGAUAGCGAAGAGGACGACGGAGAAGAUGCAGUUGAGGACGAUGAGGAUGAAAUGGACUUGUUGUAGUCAAAA